CUUCAUGAUAACAUCUGAUAUUGCCGUCGUCAACUACUCACCUCUCUACCUUCACCUCUAUCUACAACAUUUUGAUCGAUGAGAUUGGCAAUAUGGAUACUAUAAAUGGAGGUCUAGGCGCCCCAAUACCAGAGACGCGUCGUCGCGCGUAUCCAAAGCCGUCUAUCGUGCCGCUUCUGGUUUUGCUGCUAUUGGUCAAUCUUGGAACUACUCUUUAUCAACUACCGCUAAAUCGGGUCAUCGAGAAACGUCUCUGUCGGGAAUACUACAGCAUUCACGAUCCCUCUAUCAUCGAUCCUGAUGGAAACAUUAGCGAGAGGUAUUGUAAGAGGGAUGAUAUCCAACAGAGCCUAGCUUGGACAACUGGGACUAUGGAAACUUUGUGGAUUGUCGGAGACUUUUUUAUGACUAUUCCUUUGGGGUUCGUAGCUGAGAAGUACGGCCGACGGACCGUCCUCUGGCUCAACCUUAUACCGAGGCUCUUUAUGCUUGCAUGGGCUGUAGUAGUCGGCUAUUUUGAAGAGAGUCUGCCCCUGAAAGCCAUUGUUGCUGGCCCAAGUCUUUCGGUUUUCGGCGGUGACUGCGUUUUUAACUCCAUCAUCUAUGCUCUUGCAGCUAGUUUAACAGACGACAAUGUCUCUAGGGCAACUUAUUUCAGCUGGAUUAACGCUGUAUCAUAUGUGGUAACAUUUGUUGGCCCCGGACUUGCUGGCGCAACUAUGACCUUGAAUCUAUUCCUACCAUUUUUAAUCGGUAUUUGUCUAUUGCUGUUGGCUAUUCCCACAGUAUCACUUCUAGUAGACCCGACACAUAUCUCAACGGCAUCAGAAGAUGAACAACGGCAGCCUCUCAUAUCAUCUCCCAUAUUGAAGGCGCAAGAAACAGAUACUUCCAUCCUAAAACCCGUUGUUGAGCGCAUUCGUACUCUCUAUUCCAUUGUUAAGAGUCACCCAAUGAACCUCAUCCUCUUGCUAGGUAGCUUUUUUCUCACUUCCCUCGCAAGCUCCGAUACCAAGCUUUUACCCCAAUAUAUAUCGAAGAGAUACGAUUGGGAUUUUGCUAAAGCUGGCUACCUCUUAUCCGCAAAGGCUAUCAUGAAUUUUACCCUCCUUACCUUUGUAAUCCCAACCGUUCUGAGGUCCAAAGCCUCCAUUAAUCAGCCCCAAUCCCAGUCUCUUUCCGACAGAGACAACGUUCGCUAUGCCCGAAUCUGCUUAGUCGUCUCUGUCCUGGGUGCAUUGGCCAUCGCUUCCGCAGUUACAAUUUGGCUCUUAUUUCCAUCUCUUCUAUUGUACGCACUCGGAUCCGCGUUACCCGUCUUUACCAUGGGUUUGUUGAAAUCUCGAUCGGUGUCGCCAAAAGAUGAAGAUCAGCUAGCAAAUCCAACCGAUCCAGAAACUCACAUAUUCUCUAUUGUCAUGAUGGUGAAAACCCUCGGUUCUCUGGUAGGGGCACCUUUGAUGGCAACAUUAUGGGUUCGGGGUAUUGCGACAGGCGUUCUAGGUAUCCCUUAUCUAGUAAGUGCGGCUUUGUACCUUACCGCAAUCGCUGUCUUUGCUGGCAUCAGAGUGCUAUGAAUAUUAUAUUAUCAAUAAAAGGAGCACAAUAUCAGAGAUUCGCUAGUUGCCGUCCCAGGAUGUGAUAAGCUCAACAAUUUCUAGCAUAACAAUAGGCCAUUCGCUCCGCAACUUAAUAUCCGUGGCUUUUAUGGCAAUUCAUCACGCAGGGUUUGUUUAAGAUAUUCUAUCCAUCAGCAUCCAGCAAAGUGAGGGUUUAUAUUUCAC